UCAAAUUUGAACUUGUCCCAACCAAUCAGACGAGAGCUCUGAGGGUGGAGUCUACGGGCAUUUAAUCAAGUUUGUGCGCCCUGCAGCACAGCGACAAAACAGUUCACAAGAAGGCUACGUACGUUUUGUCGAGCUCGAGCAGUUAAGGCUGAUUAUAGCAUAUCACAGCCAUGGGUAAAGAUCCUACUAAACCCAGGGGAAAGACGUCCUCUUACGCGUUCUUCGUGCAAACCUGCCGGGAGGAACAUAAGAAGAAAAACCCAGGGACCUCGGUGAACUUUGCAGAGUUCUCCAAGAAGUGCUCUGAAAGAUGGAAGACCAUGUCCUCAAAGGAGAAGGGCAAGUUUGAGGAAAUGGCCAAAACCGAUAAGGUCCGCUAUGACCGGGAGAUGAAAAACUACGUGCCUCCUAAAGGUGCAAAGGGAGGGAAAAAGAAGAAGGAUCCAAAUGCUCCCAAGAGACCACCAUCCGCGUUUUUUGUCUUCUGCUCUGACCAUCGCCCGAAGGUGAAGAAUGACAACCCUGGCAUCUCCAUUGGAGACAUUGCGAAGAAGCUUGGGGAAAUGUGGUCCAAACUUUCACCAAAGGAAAAGUCUCCAUAUGAGCAGAAGGCCAUGAAGCUCAAGGAGAAGUAUGAAAAGGAUGUUGCUGCGUAUCGCGCCAAAGGAGUAAAAGCAGAUGGUGGCAAGAAGGGUGGACCUGGCCGGCCAACAGGAAAGAAGGUAGAAGCUGAUGACGACGACGAUGAGGAUGAUGAUGAGGAAGAGGAAGACGUAGAAGAUGAGGAUGACGACGACGACGAUGAUGAUGACGAUUAAAACUUAUCAGGAAAACUUGAGCUGAGUUGUUUGCAAAACAAUGUGAAUGCAUUUUUUUAGCAUUUAAAGUUUUUCAAUACAUGUACAGAAAUGUGUAUAAUUGAAUACAUAUUGAGGUCAUGUGCUGUUUUGUAAAUGUAACAGCUUUUUUUUAAGCACUGCUUUUUGUCUUGAUAGCUGUGGUUGCUUUGGUUUCUUUUCCCAGUUCGAUAUUAUUUCUACUGCCAUUUUAAGACAAAUAAGGAACAAUUUGGAUUUGUGUAGUGUCUCAAUUUUUAAAACGAGCUUUAAAGUUGUGUAGACUGAGUUUUUUUGUUUUAUAAAAUUUUGUAUAUUAUGACCAAUUCCCCUUUUCACUGUGUGCAAUUUUGAUUUAUUAAAGAAUUUUGCAGAA